AUGUCGGACAUCAAUCUCGGAGGCGGCGAGACCGUCGCCCCACCCCCCCGCGGUGUGGGGGGUGCUGGCGGAGCUGUGGGUGCUGGCGGUCCUGUUAGUGCCGGUACUGGCGGUGCUGGUGCUGGUUCUAGCUGUCUUGGUGCCGCUGAUGCGGGUGCGAACGCGUCUGGUGGUGGGGCGAACCCGCAGGACCUAGUACUAGCCUCUUUCGGCCGCGAACUCUACAGGAGUUUCCAGGCGGGGGCAUCGGAUUCCCAAAAGAAGUCGUUCAGUUCAUACAAGGUCACAACGUCUCACUCUCGUCCCAGUUUGGUUGCGGCCUACGCGGACUCGCCGGUCACAGUCUCGUCAGAGCUGUUUGACAUCGCGUCCAACGCGGCGACCAGAAGCGAUACCAUUGAGUCUGUUCACACCUGGAGCCAGCAUCAAGUCUCGGCAUCGUUUGCGGAUCGACGUUCUUAGACCACCCACCCAUUCGUCCCAGCCACGAAUUCAACUCGGAUGCCUGCACUCGUUCCUCGUCGGGAGCCUUGUUUCACAAAUUUUCCAAUCGCCAGUGAGUUUAUUCGCAAUCCGCGCACCUUUGAUACGGCCAUGUUCGGCUUUACUUCCAUCACACAGCCAUGUUCGACUCUACUUCUAUUGUACGGCUACGUUCGGCUCUAUUUCAUAUGGCCACAUUCGGCUUUAUUUCGUAUGGCCAUGUUCGGCUUUAUUUUGUUUGGCCACGUUCGGCUAUACUUCUUAUGGCCAUGUUCGGCUUUAUUUCAUAUGGCCACAUUCGGCUUUAUUUCGUAUGGCCAUGUUCGGCUGUACUCCCUAUGGCCAUGUUCGGCUUUACUUCCGUCACACAGCCAUGUUCGGCUCUACUUCUAUCGUACAGCCAUAUUGGCUGUACCUCUAUCAUUUGGCCAUAUUGGCUUGACCUCUAUCGUCUGGCCAUGUUGGCUUUACUUCUAUCAUACGGCCGGAUCCGUCCUCGAAUGUGGUCGCUUUCUCAAAGCCCCUCUUUGGCCCCGUAUUUUUCGGUGCCUACGUUUUCCACGCAUCCAGUGUCACCCGCCCAGUUCUUAGCUGGGUAUUCCACACAGACACUUCUUUUUUGACCUAUCUACUACAGACCCUUCUCAACGGGACACUAGUUUCCUGUUCAUGCCUCUUCCGAGUCAGCGAGAGCCCCUAGGUCGGGGUUGGAUAAGCUCUCCGCUCUCCGUUCCAUCACAGUUUACGUGCGGCGUUGACCGAUGUCGUUGCGCCCCUCAACGUUAAUCGAUGGCAAUCGGCCAUGAAUCGCCUUCGCGUAUACUGUGGCAACACUUCUUUCGAGCAAGUCGCUUUGAUUCCGACCCAGAUCCGCGCGGGUUUCGACUUCGGCCUCCGUCACCUUCCCAGGGAACCUUUUGCUCCGAGCAAGCACGUUUCGGACGAUGAUGACGCAUUUCGUGAGGUAACGGCUAGCGAAAUUCCCCGUUUCUCCAUGCAAGGGUCGCAUCGCGGAGCUUUUUGA